AAAGAACGUAUAAUUUUUUCUCCAAUAAUUCCAUACAGUGCUGAAAAUUUUUCAAACUAAUGAAAUAAAAUAAAAUUAAUAGAAAAAUAAUCGAAAAAUUCUUGAAAUAGCAUUCAAGUUUUAUAAAGUACGUGGUGACAAAUAGUGUAGAUAUCAGACAAAAAAGUGGUUUAGAAAAAGUGGGCGCAGUACAUAAAAUCGUAAUCGCUAGUGCAGUGUAUGCGAAAAUUUCUGGACACCACAAAGUGAUGUCUUGGAAUUAACGAAAUCGUAAUCGUGUUAAUAUUAAAAUAGUUUUUAUAGGUAUAACAAACGAAUUAAGAUAGAAAAAAAUAAGAGUUACAACAAACGAAUAACCCACAAACGUAGUCGCGCAGUUAUCAGUGGCCGUAAGGCAGCCACUUUUCGAGUAAGGGCAGAGGCCCAAGCAGUACAACUACCAGCAAAAUGGAGCAACUAAUUCCAAUUGUUAAUAAGCUACAAGAUGCAUUCACGCAAUUGGGCGUGCAUAUGCAGCUUGAUUUGCCACAGAUCGCUGUCGUAGGCGGUCAAUCGGCCGGAAAGAGUUCGGUGUUGGAAAAUUUCGUUGGCAAAGAUUUUUUGCCUCGUGGUUCAGGCAUUGUAACACGUCGUCCAUUGAUCUUACAGUUGAUUAACGGCGUUACCGAACAUGGUGAAUUUCUGCAUUGUAAGGGUAAGAAAUUCACCAGUUUCGAUGAGAUCCGCAAAGAGAUCGAGGAUGAAACGGAUCGUGUAACUGGCAGUAAUAAGGGCAUAUCCAAUAUACCAAUAAAUUUGCGUGUCUACUCACCACAUGUACUCAAUCUGACACUCAUCGAUUUGCCUGGUCUAACCAAGGUGGCGAUCGGCGACCAGCCCGUAGACAUUGAACAACAAAUUAAAGGAAUGAUCUUUCAAUUUAUACGCAAGGAAACUUGUCUCAUUUUGGCUGUAACGCCAGCUAAUACAGAUUUAGCCAAUUCGGAUGCAUUGAAAUUAGCUAAAGAGGUCGAUCCACAGGGUGUGCGCACAAUUGGUGUGAUCACUAAACUCGAUCUUAUGGACGAAGGCACAGAUGCGCGUGAUAUUUUAGAGAAUAAAUUAUUGCCACUGCGACGCGGCUACAUUGGUGUGGUGAAUCGCUCACAAAAAGAUAUUGAGGGACGUAAGGAUAUUCAUCAAGCCUUGGCGGCUGAACGCAAAUUCUUCCUUAGUCAUCCAUCUUAUAGACAUAUGGCCGAUCGUUUGGGCACACCAUACCUACAACGUGUACUCAAUCAACAGUUGACCAAUCAUAUUCGUGAUACGCUUCCAGGUUUGCGUGAUAAAUUACAAAAGCAAAUGUUGACACUGGAAAAGGAUGUGGAGCAAUUUAAGCACUUCAGACCUGACGAUCCUAGCAUUAAGACAAAGGCGAUGUUACAAAUGAUCCAACAAUUGCAGUCAGAUUUUGAGCGUACCAUUGAAGGUUCCGGUUCAGCUUUGGUCAAUACAAAUGAACUAUCUGGUGGUGCUAAAAUCAAUAGAAUUUUCCAUGAACGUUUACGUUUCGAAAUUGUAAAAAUGGCUUGUGAUGAAAAAGAAUUACGUCGCGAAAUUUCAUUCGCCAUUCGUAAUAUACAUGGUAUUCGUGUGGGCCUGUUCACACCCGACAUGGCCUUCGAGGCGAUUGUCAAGCGUCAAAUUGCACAAUUAAAGGAGCCGGUCAUCAAGUGUGUCGAUCUAGUCGUACAGGAAUUGUCCGUUGUGGUGCGCAUGUGCACAGAUAAGAUGUCACGCUAUCCACGCUUGCGUGAGGAAACCGAACGCAUCAUCACUACACACAUACGCCAGCGUGAACAGUACUGUAAGGAACAAAUCCUGUUGCUCAUCGAUUUCGAAUUGGCCUACAUGAAUACCAAUCAUGAGGAUUUCAUUGGCUUUGCAAAUGCUCAGAACAAAUCUGAAAAUGCCAACAAGACUGGCACACGCCAGUUGGGCAAUCAGGUUAUACGCAAAGGCUAUAUGGUCAUACAAAAUUUGGGUAUUAUGAAAGGCGGUUCGCGUCCCUAUUGGUUUGUACUGACAUCGGAGAGUAUUUCCUGGUACAAGGAUGAGGAUGAGAAGGAGAAGAAAUUUAUGUUGCCGUUGGAUGGUUUGAAAUUACGCGAUAUUGAACAGGGCUUCAUGUCAAUGUCAAGACGUGUCACAUUUGCUUUAUUCAGUCCAGAUGGACGUAAUGUUUAUAAGGACUACAAGCAACUCGAGCUGUCCUGUGAGACCGUUGAGGAUGUGGAAUCGUGGAAGGCUUCAUUCCUACGCGCCGGCGUAUAUCCCGAGAAACAAGUGGCCCAGGAGAAUGGCGAUGAGCAGGAAGGACAAGAGAAAACGAAAAACUCCGCCAGCGAAGAGAGCGCAUCGGAUCCUCAACUGGAGCGUCAAGUGGAGACCAUACGCAAUUUGGUUGACUCAUACAUGAAGAUUGUCACAAAGACCACACGUGAUAUGGUACCCAAAGCUAUAAUGAUGUUGAUUAUUAACAAUACAAAAGAUUUCAUUAACGGCGAACUGUUGGCGCACUUGUAUGCCACAGGUGAUCAGGCACAAAUGAUGGAAGAAUCGGCAGAAUCAGCUACAAAACGUGAAGAGAUGUUACGAAUGUACCACGCCUGCAAGGAAUCGCUUAGAAUUAUUGGUGAUGUUUCCAUGGCCACAGUGUCGUCACCGCUACCACCACCUGUCAAAAAUGACUGGUUGCCCAGCGGUUUAGAUAAUCCACGUCUCUCACCACCCAGUCCUGGUGGUCCACGCAAACCUGCACCUACAUCACAGGGCUCUUUAGGCAGCGCCGGUGGACGCGGCCCACCACCACCACCCGCUUCAGGGCGCCCAGCACCAGCGAUUCCCAAUCGCCCAGGCGGCGGUGCACCACCAUUACCAGGCGGUCGUCCUGGCGGCGCUCUGCCACCACCACUAUUACCUUCUCGUGUCACCGGAGCGGUUGGCGGCGCAAUUACGCAACAAUCUGGAGCGAACCGUUACAUACCGGCGAGUAUGCAGGGACAGGUGAACCAGGUCGUGGGCCAGGCAGCCGUGAAUGAACUUUCGAACGUUUUUGCGACACGUUUCAAUCGUCCUGUGCCGAAUGCACCACCCAAGCUGCCGGAACGACCUUCAUAUUAUGGCAACACCACAAACGGGCGGCCAUAUUAAACAGGCUGUGCAAAUGGCGAUUGCGCCAUUUAGAGGUACUCGUUUUGCGAGUGGAUUCCACCGCUUUUGUUGGUGUUCGUAUGUAACAAUACACAAUAGACUUUAAAUAUUAACAAGAAGGUAGCGAAGACAAAAUAACAUUUAAAUUGCUAAGAUUAACAAACCCCUAAUUGAACGUAGUGUCUAUCGAAAGUUUUAAAACGAAAAAAUAGCAAAAAAAAAAAAAAACACGAAAUUUGAAAGUUUAAUCAAGCGCGUAAAUUUCCUUGUGUGCUCGCGUUAAAUUUGUUAUUUGUGGCAACUCAAUGUAACUCAAUUGCAUAGUCUGUGGUGUGCGUAAUUUUUCAUUUGACGUUUAGAAAUGUGGAUAUUAGCUGAUUCACGAUUUAGUCAGCAAAACGCAUAUAAAUUCAUUUGUAAAAUUUUUCCGGGCUGUAAAAUGAAUUGUCUUAUAAGGAGUGCUGAAUAAAAUACGUAAAGCAGAUACAAAAUUAAAGUAACAUAAGGCCUAAGGACUAUCAAUCGCAUACCCGAAACCAAAACAA